AUGGCAACACCUGCAAGCUCACCAUCUUCUCUGAAACCCACAUCAAGAAACACCUCAUGGCCUUUCUUUACUGUUCUUGUAACGGUUCUAUCUCCUGUCUUGGUAGCUACACUCGUUUUCCAACUUGACUCAUUCGAACCAGCUCACUUGCCGAUCCACGAGCUGACUCAGCCACCAUUGAAGGCUUUGAAGAAGAAUGAUCACAUGCUUCAAGGAUCAGAGCUUGUGGGUUUCAAGCAGUUGAUUGGGCCAGAAGAUAUUGCAUAUGAUAGCAAUUCGGGUGUUAUUUACACUUCUUGCGCUGAUGGGUGGGUUAAACGAGUCACGAUUAAUGACUCAGUUGCUGACGCUAUCGUGGAGAGCUGGGUUAACACUGGAGGUAGGCCUCUCGGACUCGCCCUUGGACACGAUAAUGAAGUUAUUGUAGCCGAUGCUUACAAGGGACUGCUAAAGAUAAGUGGAGAGGGUAAAGUGGAGCUACUAGCUGAUGAGGCAGAGGGUGUAAAAUUGAAGCUCACAGAUGCUGUAGAUAUAGCAGAAGAUGGCACCAUCUAUUUUACAGAUGCUUCAUACAAAUACAAUCUGCUCGAGUUCUUCUGGGACCUUUUGGAGGGUAAGCCAUAUGGUCGAGCAAUCAGCUAUGAUCCAGUUACCAAAGAGACCAAGGUUUUGGCCCAUGACCUCUACUUUGCUAAUGGAGUCGCGGUCUCACCAGAUCAACAAUAUGUGGUCUUCUGUGAAACAUUCAUGAGAAGGUGUAGAAAAUAUCACAUACAAGGAAAGAAAAAAGGGAGCCUAGAGACAUUCAUUGACAAUUUGCCAGGCUUGCCUGAUAACAUCCAUCAUGAUGGACAUGGCCAUUACUAUAUUGCAUUAUCCUCGGGAAUCACAGUUGCACUGGACCUAGCACUCAAACAUCCUUUUCUUCGGAAGCUGACUGGAAUCUAUACGAAGUACAUGGGGGAAAUUCAUGCGUCGAAGAAUAGUGGUGUUUUCAUCGUAGAUUUGGAAGGAAAACCAACGGAGCAUUACUAUGAUCCGGGUUUGGCAUUGAUUUCAAGUGGGAUCAGGAUUGGAAACCAUAUACACUGCGGUUCCCUUCUCUAUCCCUACAUUGUCCGUCUUGAUGUAUCAAAGCAUCCUGCACGAGCCACAGUGUAAGCAACACCCCUAUAAAGUGAUGUUCUUCGCACUAUCCCACACCCUACGAUGAUUUUAUCAUAUUAUUCUAAUAAUGUAUCUUCUUCUUUCUUGGCUAUUUAUGAUAUUGUUGGCUAUGAAAUGAUCAAAGGACAAGAUUUGUGUCUUUUUCAGCUAUAGAAAUUAUUCAAGGACAGAAAAUGAAUGUUAAAUAAAUAUUUUCUAAUUGUGGCAACACUCCCAUUGCUAUUUUCGGCU